AUGAUCAUAAUUUAUUUUCUAUUAUUCACCUCAACAACAGCUUUCAUCUUCUUACCACAAUUCUUAGCUCUAUUAGCAUCCCCUAAUCAACAAAUACCACAAUCUAUUAUUAACUUGAUAAACUUGAGACUUUAUUUGAUUUCAUUUAUUCAACGUCGAAAAUUCACUGGCAAAAUAUCAAAACUUUAUGUAUAUCCAAUAAAAUCAGUUUCAUAUAUCUCCCCAUCCAGUUGGGAACUUGAUGAAUUUGGGUUCAAACAUGAUAGACAAUACAUGUUGGCAUUUUGGGAUUCUACUCAAGCAUUAUAUCAACCAUAUACACAAAGAAACGCACCAAAGUUAUCAUUGGUUGAAAUUGACUUCAAUAAAGAGGAGAAUUGGUUUAAAUUCACAUAUCCAACAGAUGGAGGUAAACUUACUUCAUUUAAAUUACCAAUGAAUAUAACCCAAGAUUGGAUUGCACAAAAUUCAAUCUCUGAUGAACAUUUGAAAACUGAUUUGUGGGGAGUAAAAUUCCAAUCAAUAAAUAUUGGGAAAGCUCUUCCAGAUGAUUUUAAAAUUGCAAUGGGGUUAAACAGACCAGGUACAACUUUAUUAACUUCUCUUUCCAAAAAAGUGAUCUCAGCUCAUCCCCAGGAAUUGAAAGAGCAAAAAUCAACAUUAUUUCAUGAUUACUAUCCCUUACAUUUUCUUUCACAAACUCUAGUUGAUGAAUUAAACCACCGUAUCUCAGAACAAGGUUCCACUAGACAAGUAGAAGCAAAACAAUUCAGACCAAAUAUUGUUAUAACAGAUCAAAAAAUAGAUAUGGAUUAUUGGUAUGAUAUUAAACUCAACGGAAAACAAAUCUAUAUAGUUCAAAAAACACCACGUUGUAAUAUUGGAAAUGUCAUUUUAUCAGCAGGUCAAUUUGAUAAAACUAAUAUAGUUACUAGAUCAUUGAGACAGUAUAGGAGAAUUGAUACUGGUGAUAUUAACGGGAGUUUCUUAGGAAAUUAUGGGAUUCAUAAAGAAUAUGGAUACUCUGUAAAAGUGGGUGAUGAGAUUUGGUUAGGGAGACAAAGAAUUAGUUCAUAUGAAAAGUUGUUAUAG